AUGCACUUGGUUGAGCAUCCUGUCACGGAAGCCAUCACCAAUCUCGACCUCGUAGAAUGGCAACUUCGUGUGGCCUCUGGAGAAGUGUUGCCAAUCAAGGACCAAGAGAAAAUUCCUCUCCAUGGACAUGCUUUUGAGGUGCGCAUAUACGCGGAAGACUGUUCCGACCCCUGUCAGAUGCUUCCCGCGGCCGGUCACUUAGCCUAUGUUUCCGUUCCAUCAGGCGCUGUCAGCUACACUAGUUUUAAUCGCCAGGCUAUGAAAAGUAGUGAUCUUCAUCAUCGGUUUCGUAUGCCAACACCAGGGCUUCUGGAUCUCAGUCAGCAUUUCCACUCUCUACAAUUGCUUCAGUUUGCUCAUCACUAA